GUCGGUCGCUCAGUCGAUGAGUGUGAUCCGCCGUCUCUUCCUCUUCAAGUUGUUGGUGCCCUCACCGGCCCCCGAACCCACAGCCGCAGCCACAGCAGGGGCCUCAUCCGUCAUGGCCACCUCACUACCGCCACCACCAGCAGGAACGGCAAAUGGGAGCGGUGGGCAGAGGGCCGCUGACACACACACACACACACACACAGAAGGACAAGAGUCAUUCCCCUGUCGUGUAUGUCACUCGUGCGUCCCCACAUGCGAAGAGGUCAUCGUCAUCGUCCAUGUCGUGGGGCGAGAAGCUGAGCUUAGGGGCGGCAGCGGCGUCAUAUGGGUCUCGGGCGUCUCUGUGUGGCGCCAUGGGCUCGUCGCCAUCGUCACAGCAGGGGGGGAAGGCCGGCGGGGGGCCGUGGAAAGGGUCUCUGUCCUCACGGUGCCCAUGGUGCUCAUCCACGGGGUAGCCCAUGACGAUGAGGGGCACUGGCGGGGCGGGGUAGGGCUGGCGGUGGGGUGGGAGUGGUGGGCCAUACAGAGGGGGAGGCAAUGGAUGGUGCUGUUGCUGGUCGGGGGGAUGCUCUGCAGGGGCUAAGUCGGUGUAGUUGGCCAGGGAGGGGCCGUACUGAGCACAUCCACAGGCGGAGGAGAGAGAUGUGAUGUGUCUCGUGUGUGCGUGUGGGCGUGUGUUGUGAUAUUGGUCGCUCACCGCGGCGCCCUGCAGCAGAUGGGUCAGAAACACACGCACCGGCAGCCUGACCGACAAGGAGCCAGACAGACAGACAGACAGGGGAUGGACACACACACAGCAGGAGAGAUGCCUUGUGUGUGUGUUUACUUGAAGGAUUCGAGCACGGCCGCCUCAUCGAACGUCUUGCGAUCGGGAAAGAAACACUUGAGCUUCUUACGCUGGCAGCAAACCCACCCACACACAUACACACAGAGGGAAUGUGUGUCUCUCUGUCUCUCUCUCUCUGUGUGUCCACUGCACCGACCUGUCCGGCAGAUGGGCCCUUCCUGGGCUGGUCGUACUUAGCGCGGAACAUGUUGCGGGUGAAGCGCGCCUUCAUCAGCUGCCUGGACACACACACCACACACACACACAUCCAUAUGUAGGCGUGUGUGGUCGGUGGGCCGCUCGCGCACUUGUUGAUAUGAUUGACGUCAUCAUCAGUCAUGGCGGCGCCCACGUCCACCCCGGCCUCCGAGAAGACGGGCGCGCGCAGCAGAGAGGUAGAGGCGCCCUCGGGGGGCUCGGCGAGGCGCGGGAACCAGUUCUGACGCACACAUGCAGUGAGGGAGCACAUGAAUGCCACACGCGUCGAGGAAUGCCGGGAGGCGGGGGGGUGGGGGAGGUGGGGUGACCACUGACCAUGAACAGCGACGAGAAGGGUUUGUUGGCGAACUCGCUCCACCGACACACAUUCUGCAGCCAUCGCCAUACACACAGAUGGAUGGAUGGAUGGGCAUCCUUUCCGUCACAGAGACCGACGUCCUUACCGUGACACUGACGAGGAAGUUGAAGGGGCCGUAGGUGUAGUAGAACUGGUCGCCGACUUGCGUGACGAUGCGCGUGAGGAGCACAUUGGCGUCCGACAUGGCCCGGUGGAUCUUGGCGCUCGGCGGCAGAGACCACGAGUGCUCGAACUCACCACCACCGAACUGCACCGUUCAAUCCAUCCACCCACACAACACACAAACACAGAGAGAGAGACGGAGAGAGUGAACACUCACUGUGCACCCCUUCCCGUCUCACCCCACCCACCUCAUACUGAAGAGCCAGCAGCAUGGCGCGGUGCAGCGAGUAGAGGCAGAACCCCGCCCACACCGUGAGGGUGCGCUGCAGCAGCAGGGGACCGCUGCCCGCCUCAAUCUCACAGGAGAACGUCAACUCAACUGCACAACACAACACAACACGUGCAGCCUGCGACAGACGGUGGGAGUGUGUGGAUGCGAUGCGUGUGUACCGAGGUCGUAUGUGUGGAGCGUGUCGGCAUCUUUAUUGGGCUGCGGCUGUUGCUGGACGGCCUGUGUGGCGAGGGGGAGGGUGGUCUGCUGUGUGGAGGCGGGGCUGGCCGUGGUGGCUGUGGUGGCGUCUUGCGAGAAGGCGAGUAUAGGGUCCAUGAGGGCAGCGGAUGCAGGCAAAGGCACCUCAGGCACCUUCUCGUACUCGGCCUUCAACACAAUCUCACAACCCAACACCUCCUACAUGUGUGCAAGUAAUGAUGGCGUCCAUGUGCGACGGCCAACGGUGACGCUUUGUGCCCAUCUACAUACCUGGAUGGUUUUGAUUGCAAUGGGCCCCUGCUGCUUCCCCCCACCCACCGCACCCUCACCCUCACCCUCACCCUCACCCUCACCAUCACACACACCACCACCAUCGUCGCCUUUGUCGGGCCGGCAGCGUUUCUUGGAUGCUGCCUUUGCCUUUGGUGGCGGAGGACUGGCGAGCAGCCGCUUGAUGCGCUUGUCCUUGAGCACCUGCCGCAGCUGCACGAGGCUCAUGGAUGGCAGCACGAUGGCCGCGGGGUCCUUCAUGUCGCCGUCAUGGCCGUCACUGGAAGGGGAGGAUGAGCCGAGAAGGGGAGAAAGGGAGAUGGGGUCAGACGACGGAGCGGGGCUGCUGCCAGCCAUCAGUAACACAAAGCAGAAAACACG